AUGGAGAAUUACUUCGAGCUCUACGAAAAGUCCGCUGAUUCGUUUCGCAGUCUUUUCUGUCGACGUUGUUUUGUGUACGACUGCGACUACCAUGGGUGUCUCGAGCAGCCAAAACUGAGCAUUGCAGAGCAAAAUGCCGUUGCGCUCAACUUGAAGGAGAAGGACACGUUGAUAAACAGAGGACGGAACUGCGGCAACGAUUGCUUCCUGGGCCGAACAAGGUCUUCGAGCGUGAACGGAUUCUCGAAAGCUCGUGCCAUUUCUGCCACGUUCGGGUGGAACAAGAAAACGCGUAUUAUAUGUGCGCGAGCCUACUUCCUCUGCUCAGGCAAUUUCUGCGAAAUGGCCAAAAUACUCGGUGACAAGACCUGCAUGGAAGUGUCGGAGUUGUGCGAGUACUACGACAUCAACGACCGCACCUUACCAAAAGAGGUCCAACCUCCGUCCAAAAGUCGUCGCUCGAAGAAGAAGAAGAAUGGACGGAUGUCAAUUGCGCAUUUACAGAAGACUAUAGUUGCCGGGCUUUUGUUAGGCUGCACAUUAUUGUCGUAUUUAUUUGACUCCCAGAAUGGGGUGGUGAACUCGGUUCAGAUCAAAAUCGAACCAUGCUCGCACGAGGGGCCUUGUGAGCAAGGCGUGUGCUCAUGCGUCGAGGACGGUAUCUUUUGCUCUAAGCACUGCCACUGCGCUCACGAUGAGUGCAAGAUUUUCUUCCCAGGGUGCCAGUGCCAGCGUGGUCGUUGCCGAACUAAGGCAUGCCCGUGCUUCUGUGCGGGUCGGGAGUGUGACCUCGACUUGUGCAAAGUGUGCUGCGCAGACGAAAUUACUGCGCGUGAAAAGGGCGAGGCGUAUGAUUGCAACGCGGACAAAACUAAGGACGAGAAGCAGCAAACGUCUUGCCAGAACCGCAGCAUCGCGCUAGGCAGACAAAAGCAUGUUCGAAUGGGCCGCUCUAAUCUGGGCGCAGCUGGCUGGGGGCUUUUCGUGGACGAGUUUGUGGCCAAGGAUGAGUUCAUUAUCGAGUACAUCGGCGAGAUGGUCACGCAGGAAGAAGCUGAUAGACGUGGAUCUGUCUACGACAAAGUCGACCGCAGCUACCUGUUUAACCUGGACACCAAGACUGUGAUUGAUUCGACGCGAAAGGGAAACAAGACAAGGUUCAUUAACCAUUCCAAGAAGAAUCCAAACUGCGCAUGCAAGAUCAUGAAUGUGAGCAGCGACUUUCGGAUUGGCUUGUAUGCGACCCAUGACAUUCAACCACACACAGAGGUACGAAUUCUCUAUCUACGUCAGGAUGUAGUCGACGUCUAA